CUGCGGAGUUAUUUCAGAAAGAUUCAGAGAUAAAUGAUCACCAGGUCAGCAAUUGGCCGCAGUUGCUCUUCAGUCACUGGCAUGGGUUUGAGAUUGGUUUUGGGACGCGGCGAGAUUGCAUGAUGGGCUAAAGUGUAGGAAACAGCAUGGCGGGGCAUUUUACACUCACUCAGCUUUCAAGUGGAAAUCCUUUAUACGAAAAGUAUUAUCGUCAGAUUGAUACAGUGAAUGAUGGGAGAGUCGGAGCAGCAGAAGCUGCCUCAUUUUUAAAAAGGUCUGGGCUGUCUGACCUAGUGCUUGGAAAGAUAUGGGAUUUAGCUGAUGCAGAUGCAAAGGGAUUUUUAAACAAACAGGAAUUUUUUGUUGCCUUAAGACUUGUAGCCUGUGCACAAAAUGGACUUGAGGUCUCGCUCAACAGUUUACAGCUUGCUGCCCCUGCACCAAAAUUUAAUGAUAGAAACAGUCCAUUGCUGGCUAGUGGUUCAGCACCUAUUGAUGUUCCUUGGGCUGUGAAGUUGGAAGAAAAGGCCAAGUAUGAUAUAAUUUUUGACAGUCUUAAUCCUGUGAAUGGUUUCCUAUCUGGUGAUAAAGUGAAACCUGUGCUUCUGAACUCUAAGCUACCUGUGGACGUCCUUGGAAGGGUCUGGGACCUCAGCGAUACUGAUCGUGAUGGAUUAUUAGACCGGGAUGAAUUUGCUGUUGCCAUGUACUUGGUUUACCGUGCUCUUGAGAAAGAACCUGUGCCAUUUUCAUUGUCGCCUGCCUUAAUACCACCUUCGAAGAGGAAAAAAGCAAGUGUUCCAUCUUCAGUGCCACUCAUUCCAUCUCCACCUACUGCUAAGGAAAGCCGACAAUCUUUGCCCCCUGUGGGAAUUCUACCUACUAAAGCACCACCAGUCCAGUUCACCAGAGAUUCUGACACAUCUUUCUCAAAGGCACUUUGUGACACAAAUGAUUGUGGAAAGCUUACAAAGGAGCAGUUUGCCUUGGCACUACAUUUAAUAAACCAGAAGCUAACUAAAGGUAUUGAUCCACCUCAGGUUCUCACAGCAGAGAUGAUGCCUCCCUCUGAAAGUACACAAAAGAACGGAUCAGCCCUGAACACUAGAACUGACUUCUCAGCCAUCAAAGAACUUGAUUCUAUACACAACGAAAUUGCUGAUCUUCACAGGGAGAAAAGCAGUGUGGAAGUGGAAAUCAAAGAAAAGGAGGAGGCCAUCAAGCAACGAACGAGUGAGGUUCGGGACCUCCAAGAUGAAGUUGAUAAAGAAAGUACAAACCUCCAAAAGUUACAAGAGCAGAGGCAACAAGUGCAAGAAGUGCUCAAUGGCUUGGAUCAACAAAAAAACCAAUUGGAGGAGGAGCUUAAUGACAUGCGACAGAAGUGCACCGAAGAGGCACAGUUGAUCUCAUCACUAAAGACUGAAAUUUCAGCUCAGGAAACCCAUAUAUUAUCUUGUGAGGAGGAGCUUAUCAAAGCAAAGGAGGAGCUGAAACGACUUCACCAGGAGACAACAGAACUGCAAGAACGUAUGGAGGCCAGCCAAACACAAUUGGAGCCCAUGCAACAGUCUCUUCAGAUAUCUCACCAUGAGAUUAGUCAGGCAAAAUCCAAGUUGUCUGAGCUACAAGAAUCUGAGGAGAGCCUCAACAGUCAACUGAGUUGGCGGAGUCUUAUGCAACCUGCCCUUGUAAAUGGUAAUGUUGAGCACUAUGAUUUAAACAGCAGUGCCAGUGAAUCCACUGAUCACAAGAAAAACGCUGAGAAGCACAGCCCAUUGGAGAAGGAAGUGAUUAUUAGCGAGGCUGUGGUCAGCAAUAACAUUGAGGAGUCCAUCCCAAAUGCUACAGAAACAAGGACAGAACAAACUGAAAUUCAGCAGCCAAGUUUUGCAGAAAAGGAUGAUCCUUUUGAUCCAGUAGUUAUGAAAACUACUAACAGUAUUCCAGACCCAAACCUGGAUUUCUUUGAGACAGAUCCUUUCACUGGAAGUGAUCCCUUUAAAGAUGAUCCAUUUGGAAAAGUUGAUAUUGCAGAUCCUUUUGGAGGAGACCCUUUUAAAGGCACUGAUCCUUUUGCAGACGCUUCGAGUAACUUCUUUCAACAGUCUUCAAAUGACCCGUUUACAUCCAUGGAGUCUGACCCUUUUAGUACAAGUAUAGCCAACAAUAAUGUGGGAUCAAUUGAAACUAUGAAAGCCAAUGAUCCAUUUGCUCCUGGUGGUGGUACAGUCUCAUCCAUGAUUGAAACAGUUGCAGACCCUUUUGUCUCCGUGUUUGGAAGUGAUUCGUUUGGCAGUGGGUUUGCUGAUUUUAACACGUUAUCACAGUCUGACCAGGCAGAUCCAUUCAGUUCUGCUGUAGGAAUAGACCCUGGUAAUGAUGCAUUUGGAAAAACUGGAUUCACAGAUGAACCUAUAAAAAUUGAUGAGGUUCCUCCAGCAUUACCGCCAAAAGUUGGCACUCCAACAAGACCCCCUCCUCCACCACCUGGUAAAAGACUUUCCCUUGUAAAAUCAGAAUCAUCCAACUCCAAGUUAAAUGAUCCUUUCCAUCCGUUUAAUUCAGGGGAUUCAUUCCAUAAAGAGAAUCAUCUUGACCCAUUUGCUCCUACUUCUCCAAGUAAAGAUGUUGGAGACAUCACAAAUUUUGCAAACUUCAAUGCUUACCCCAGUGAGGAAGACCAAAUAGAAUGGGCGAAAAGAGAAAGUGAACGAGCAGAGAAGGAACGACUAGCGAGACUAAAUCAGCAAGAACAAGAGGAUUUGGAACUGGCCAUAGCACUCAGUAAAUCUGAAAUAUCAGAAGCAUGAAUAGCUUUCCUAUGGUCCUCAAUGUACUGGCUGCCAUGACUCGUCUAACCAACCCUAUUCUUACUAAUGGCAUUUUAUAUAGAAACUACCUAAAGUAACUAUGUCAUUACUGGAGAUUCUUCCCUGAAAUUGUUAAUUCGUUACUAAAGAGUCUUAUACUGGACUUGGAUCAGUGUGGUGAAACUUAUUAAUUCAAAACCAUCAAAUAACCUCUGUCCUGUAUAUGUAAAAAACAAAACAAUGUACAAGCUAAAUGCUGAUGCAAAUCUGUAUUCAGUGCAAUGAAUUUAGUUCUAAUUAUACUCCUUUGCAUUGUUGGGUAAUGGAGCAUACCAUCUCAGCAGCUUCCUGUUCAAAUAAUAUUGUCCAUUAGGAUACAGAAGCCAUUGAACAGCUGUAUAUAUUUACAACUUAAUGACAAAGUAGAUUUGAAAAAAACAUAAACUUUUCAAUUGUAGUACAUUAACUAACUGUUUCUGUAACCACCAGUGCUAACAAUAUAUAACUGUAUAGAACAUCUAUUUCAGAAUACAUGCUGAACCUGCUGCUGUAAGUUAAACAUGUGCACUGCUAAACUUUAUACUGGCUUUAUUUUUUUAACUUGUCAGUUUAUAAAUUUAAAUGAUUUUCCUUUCAUGUUCGUGUGAAAUUGCUGACUGCCUGGAUGAGUAAAUAACAUCAAAUAAAAUGCAAGCUUAUGUAAAGAUA